AAGCCAGCUGUUGUUCAGGACGUUAAGCAAAUAUUCUUACAAUAAUUACGUUGAGACAAAUUAUUCUACCGUUUAAGGCAGAACAAUUAGUUCAGAUUUAGUUCAGCUAAUCCUGACAUUAUCCAAGGAAUAAAAUUAUCAGAAUGAAUUUUGGAGCCUUUAAAAAAUCAGCGAAUGUGAAAGCCGGUAAGGCUGCCAGCCAGACAGAGGCGAAGUUUGCAGAAGUCGUAGUUGAAGCUAAAGAAAAUGCUGGACAAGCCACGGAGCAACUAAGCGACAAAGCCAGUGGUGCUUUUGGAUCAGCUAAAGACGCAACUGUUGCUAAUACUGAAGAAAGGGUCGCAGACGCAAAGGACCACAUACAAGAGAAGGCUGGGGAGGUUUCUCGGUCGGCUAAAGAUUCGGCUAAUUCUACUGCGGCGGGUGUUAAAGAAAAGAUUAACGAAUCCGCUAAUAGCGCAUACAACUCUGCCAAAAGCACUUCGAUAGAUGCACAAAAUAGAGCUGAAUCAAUAAAAGAUGACCUGGGGGACAAGGCUAUCGGUGCUUGUGAUUCUGUUAGUGCCAGUGUUGUGGAUGGGCAGAAGAAAGCUAUAGAGGUUAAAGAUGACAUUCAGGACAAAGCUAGCAGAACUUAUGAUUCAGCCAAAAAUACGACUGCUGAUGUACAAAAUAAAGUCGCAGAAACUGCGGAUAGUCUGAAGGAGCAAGCUACCAGUACCUAUGAUUCUGCUAAAGCCAACGCUGCAGAUGUUAAAGAUAACAUCCAGGACAAAGCUGCUGGUGCACGCGAUUCUGUCAAAGCAAAUGUUGCAGAUGCCCAGAAUACAGCAACAGAGGUCAAAGAUAAUCUCACGGAAAAUGCGAAUAGUUCUUAUGAUUCCGCUAAAAGUACAGCUGUCGAUGUCCAAGAUAGAGCAGUGGAGUCAAGAGAUAAGAUUAAGGAAACGGCAAGCCGUUCUUAUGAUUCCGUUAAAAGUACUGCAGUAGAUGUUAAGAAUAAAUCUGAAGAUACUGCCACGUCAAUUGGGCAAUCUGCAAGUGAGGCAAAAGAUUCAGCAUCUGCCAAGGCAUCUGGGUUCAAGGGGAAAUUUGGAUUUUAAAAAUGUGUUAUUGUGGCUUUACUUUUUGUAAAUUAUAUACAUUUUUCUUUAAGUUAACAUUUUAAAUUACAGUAGAAUAAUAGAUAUCCAAUACAGAAUAUGUUUUAUUUGAUGUUUGAGGUCGUUAUAAAUGCCUGUUUCAUGAUUCCAACGCUUGUAUUGAAGCUUCACUCAAAAUAAUUUCUGAACAUUGCGAUGCUAACCUCUGGACAUUCUUUCAGCCGACUGGUAUAAAUGACUUGUAUCAAUGUAUCUGAAAAGACUAGAAGUUCUAACCCUACGUCAAUGAGCUCUAGACUUAACACUAGUCCUAAAAUUUCAUUUUUUCACAUAAUAUCUUUUUCGAAAAGGGAACUAUCUAUAGAUAGCUAAAGUCUUCCACCAAUUCCCCAUUAGACAAUUGCGGUGCUUGAUAGAUUAUUUCCUUUCCUAAUGUUUACAAUUAGAUUUUGAAUAACUUUACCACAUUCGAUAGAAAAUUUGAAGUGUGACCGAAAGAUUCUAGUAGUUUGUAGUUUCAUAGUAAUUUGAUAUAUUUUACUUGUCAGUGAUGCAGGACGGAGGGCCUGACAAGGACAGCUAUCUAGUCCUUCGGAUGAUACGAAAAACUGAGGUCCCGUGUAUACAUUGGAAUGCACGUAAAAGAUCCCUUGGCAGUUGGAAUUCGAUAUAAGAGUAGGCGAUAGUGCCGCUUCCCGGGCAAAAUUUCCCUCAUAGCACACUGUAUGGCGUAUGCCCGUCUUCAUUAGCCCAGCAUAGGAUCAGAAUAGUAGGACGUUAAACCCCAUUUCAUUUCAUUUCAUUUGUUAUAUUUUACAAUCAAUAAUUUCUACUAACUGUACCCAUUUUCAUUUCUAUUUUAUCGACAAAAACCCUUCCAUUAAUAAUUCAUGUUCUUUGCGUUGGGCCUCGACAAAAAUGGGUUAUAUUAAUUUAGCAAUAUCUCAAAUGAAGAAUUCGACGAAUGCUCAUGCAUUGGUUUUAAGCUAAUUUCCUGCAAGACAUUUAUGUGCAUAUUUAACAUUGCUGUUACUCGAAUACAAAUAGUUGGUUCCUCUAUGUCCAUUAUUUUACCGGGUGGGGGGCGCUUUUUUACCCUUUGAGGUUGAUAUUGUACUAUACUAUCUUUUAUUAUCUAUUAAGACAGAACAAAAGUUAUGAAUGCAUCAAUUCAAAGAUUAUUUGUAUUCUUGUCAUACACAAUUGCAAUAUUCAGUAAUUGCUCCACUAAUGUGUUUUAUAUUAGGGAUAGAUCUAAAAUGGAAACAUAAAAUGGAGACACAGAUCCAAUAGUAAGAUGGGCGGUCAUUUCCACAUUUCUUAUAAACGCUCCAUAUUCGACUUACAUGGAUGGGUAUCUACAACCAUAUCUUAAGAUUGUCAAAAUGAUAAUUUGUUGCUUUAAUAAUAAAAAGUAAACAUCAAAGAAAGAUACUCUGAUGGUAUGUAUGACGCAUACCAGACACAUCCACGAAUGGAAAGUUUCCCGCGCAUUUUUGUAGCCGCCCUUUUAAAUAAUAACCCGUCAAUGAACCGGGUUUCGGUUGUUUCCCGCGCAAUUUGUUAACCACGCCUAGAGUUUAAUGGUCAUGGUGCCCCAUAUGUAAAAACUUUCCACUAAAAACAAGUUUCAAUCAAUGAACUUAGCGACCAACCAAUAUACGAUCUAGUGGGUGUAUAUAACAUAUUUAGCACUAAGGCAGUCACUCAGUCCAUUAUUCAGAGCAGAACGAGAUUGAAAGCUGCAGGCGGGUAUACAAUCUAUUAUUCAGAGACAGCUAUAACAGAUUUACAACUCCGCCAGUCUCUCAUCGACUUCACAUCGUUCUAUUAAACAGCCAACAUGAAUUUCGGAGAUAUCAGCAAGUCAGUAAAAGAUGGCGCCAGCCAAGCUGCUGGACAGGCUGGUGAGAAGGUCGAGGAAGUCGUCGAGCAAGUCAAAGAAAAAGCCGGAGAAGCAGUGGAAGGUCUGCAAAACAAAGCUUCCAAUGCUUUCGGGUCCGCUAAAAGUGGCGCCGAGGAUACCGGUACGAAGGCAGCUACCGAUGCUAAAAAUACAGCUGAGGAUGCAGCAGCGGGUGUAAAAGGGAAAUUUGGAUUUUAAUACCCUGAUAAAAUGUGAACAAUUUGUAUUAGUAGCUUUUUACAUUUAUCUAUAACACUGUAGACAAUAAGUUGCGAAGCGUUACAACAUAAAGAUGAAAACAUAGCUAUGGAAGAUGGAAUGUGUCAUUAAUGCAUAAAAUCAAAGAAUGUGAUGAUUCUGAAUGUAACAUCAAUCGGAAAUCUUCACAUGGACGGUUAAUUAGACCUACCAGGUGACCACAAUCAAAUUUUUUACUGAGGAUCAGAACUGCGGUGUUGGCGUUCUGUGAAAUCGUAUCUCAGCUAUAAACAAACAUUUUCCGAAAAUAACAUUCCAAAUUAAAUUUCACACUCUAUGUGUGGUGAUAUCAUAUGGAUCAUACAAAACAACCUUCUAAAAUCUAUAAUAAGCAGAAAUUGACAUGAUUGGAAGAUAAGAAACUGUUAUUGUUAAUGUUGUCAUCAAUAAUAAAUCAAUGAAAAAUUACAGGAAGAUAAUAAAUACUUUCUGAAAAUAUUUCGAAAUAUCAAGGUCUUUCAGGACUGAAAUUACUGAGAAUAUAUUAAGCUUUGUUUUAUUAAAGAAAAAAAUACACAAAGAUUAGGGCAUUAUACUCAUCUAAGAAAUUUAAAUCAAAAUCUAUGUAUGUUUUAUUAAAAGUUAAUAUCUUAAAAUUUAGUUUUGAAAUAAAGUAUUUGUUCCUGAA